ACACAGAGACACACGCACACAGAGACACACGCACACAGAGACACACGCACACAGACACACGCACACAGAGCGAGAGACACACACACAGAGACACACGCACACAGAGAGAGACACACGCGCACUCUCUCCUACAGGCAGCGAACCAACCUGCGCACGGUCCUCAACCGAUUUAUCGACUCUCCGCCCCCCUCCACAACCCCCUUAAAAUCAUCGCCACUGCCACCCCCCCCCCAAUCGCCGCGCGCGUAACGCGCAGCAGAAGACGCCUCGCGGUCGUGGUGAGCGCGAGGAGGGCGCGCCCUGGGAGAAUCGCGACGCGGAACCUCUCGGGGUGUUUUUAUUUUCUUCUUCUUCUUCACUACCGAAGAAGACGACUUUGGCGACACCUUUACGCGUUUGGGAGCAUCACGCGGGGAGUGACCCCCCCCCCCACCCCAAGUGGACCGGAGCGACUCGCUGACACGCCGGGGAAUGGACCGACUCAUCGGCGCGUUCGCCCCGCUGCUCCUCUGCGUCCUCGCGGCGACGGAGUGCGCAGCGGCCGCUGCAGGCGCGUGCGGAGGGCCGUUGACCGACCCGCCGAACGGCACCGUCAUCGAGUCGCCCUCCUACCCCAGCAAGUACCCCAGCAAUCUGAACUGUCGCUGGGAGAUCACCGUGCCCAGCGGCUCGUCCGUGCGCCUCACCGUGCAAGAGCUGCUCCUCGAGUCGCAGACGAGCGGCUGCAAGUACGACUACCUGCUCGUCUCCUACGGGUUCGAGCACGUGAGCGCGCCCACCAUGGUGUGCAUGAUGCCCAGCGCCGGCCAGCGGGCCAUGAGCUCGCCCGGGAACAGGCUUGUGCUGCAGUUCAUCACGGACGCGUCACUCGAGGAGAAGGGCUUCCGAAUCACGGUCGACACCAUAGACGCCCCGCGGUUGCAGGGCAAGAUGGCCGUCUUCCUCCAGAGUCCCGUGUCCUUCAUGAGCCUCAGCGACCCGGGCAUCCUGCCGGCCCGCCUCUCCUCCAUCGCUCUGUGCGCCAGCGUGCGCAUCGCCGGCCCGGCCGACUGGACGCUCUUCACCUACUCCUCGCCCCAGGCUGACAGCGAGGCCACCACGCCCACCCUGGGCCUCUCGGGCAACCGCACGGCGCUGGCGUUCUGGCUUGGCGGGCGCGCCACCUGGGUCCCCUGGAAGCGGCCUCACGACGAGGCGUGGCACCGCGUUUGCGCCCGUUGGGUCGGCGGCACCGGCGGCACCGGCGGCACCGGCGGCACCGGCGGCGGCACCGCCACCGUCUUUGCCGACGGCUCCCUGAUCCUCAACGCCAGCCUCGCCUCGGACGAUCCCGCCGAGCUCCAGGGCUCGGGAGACCUCCUGUUGGGGCUCUUCCAGACGGCGGCGGCGGCGGCUGGCGGCGGCGGCGGCGGCGGCGCGAGGGCGUGGGUGGCGGUGCCGCAGCGGGCGCUGGUCGGCGAGUUGGCCGACGUGCGCCUGUGGGCGGAGGGCGCUGGGGGCGAGAGCGACCCCGGCCGCGCGGCGUCGUGCCAGCGGAACGGCAGCCUGGCGUGGUGGAGCCGGAGCUUCUGGCAGCCGACGAGGGAGGGCAUGCUGGUCGACGCGGGGCUUCCUGCUACCCGAGACGUCGUUGACAACUUCCGAGUUCGAUUCCGGGCCGAGGUGACCGCCGCGGGCAACCGGUCUGUGGACGAGCAGCUCCUGGCGAUGGUGGCGACGUCCUGGCUUCAGCAGGCGAUGAGCGACCUCCCGUUCAGCACGGCGCUCGGGAACAUCAGCUUUGUGAGGUUGGACGCAGAGGACGUGGAAGAGGCGCAGGGAUCGCGAGGUGUCACUCAAGGCGGGGGAAUUGCGUCACUCAGCUUUGCGGGGACGGCGCAGCUGACGGCUGUGGGCGCUCUAGACGGCGUGGCCUGUGACUCUGCCACCACGCUGAGCGAGAUCAUCCGGAGCCUCAACACCAGCCGCUCCAUCAACAACGCGAGCGGCGUCACAAACAACAACAGCAGCAGCAGCAGCGCGCAGGUCUCAGACGUCAACCAGACGGGGAGCUACAACAGCAAUCGGAGGAAGCGAUCAAACGGAAACAGCGACAACAACAACAACAACAACGGCAACAACAACGGCAACAACAACAACAAAAACAGCGACAACAACAACAGUAACGGUGGUGGAAACAACAGCAGUAGCAGCAGCAGCAACCAAAACAACAGCACAUCCACGAGUGCCAGCAGCACCAACAACCCGGACAACCGCUCGAAUGACAGCAGCAACAGCAGCUCGGCAAUCAACCAGACUGAGAGCUCCAACACCACCCGCACGGAUGGCCCCGACGACAGCCAGAACAGCAGCAGCAGCAGCAACAGCAGCAGCAACAGCAGCAGCAGCAACAGCAGCAGCAGCAACAGCAGCAACAGCAGCAACAACAGCAGCAGCAACAGCAGCAGCAUCUCGGUGGGGGACGUGGGUACAAGUGAGGCCGGCACCAGCUACGUCGCCCAGCCGGAGCUGAGCGUUCGUCUCGUCCUCUCCUCCGUCGCUGAUCUCGCCGUCUGCCAGGACGAGGUGAACGCGACGCGCAGCAAAGGCGUCUACAGCUGGCCCCGGACGCGGUCGCCGUUCAGCGCCUCCGUGCCCUGCGCUCAGAACCCCAACCGGACGGCCACGCGCACCUGCGAACGGGAGCCGUUUGCUGCCAGCGCCCAUUGGCUGGAUCCGGACGUCAGCGCCUGCGAGAACAUUCAGGCCGUCUGCCGGGAAGAGGUGAACGCAACACGCGACAAAGGCGUCUACAGCUGGCCCCAGACGCGGUCGCCGUUCAACGCCUCCGUGCCCUGCGCUCAGAACCCCAACCGGACGGCCCCGCGCACCGGCGAGCUGACGCCGUUUGCCCUCAGCGCCCAGUGGCUGGAUGCGGACGUCAGCGCCUGCGAGGACAUUCAGGUGUUCUGUAGGUGGACCUCAGCGGUCAUCACGGACAGAGGAGAGUACGAGUGGCCGCCGACGCAAGCUGGCCAGUUGGCAUCCGUACCGUGCAUGCAGAACCCCGAGAGUAACGCCACGAUGCGAUGCUAUCGGGAACCGUACGAGAUGGUGGCUCGGUGGGCAGAGCCCAAUGUCAGCAACUGCAACGUCGUGACAGCUUCGUGCCCCAACGAGACGACGCUGAGCGACAAGAAGGGGUCGUACGCCUGGCCGCAGACGCCGCAGUCGCUCAACGCGUCCGUGCCGUGCCGGCAGAACCCCGGACAAAACGCCACGCGGGCCUGCCACCGGCCGUACUACACCACGGAUGCCGUGUGGCAGGACCCCGACCUCGGCGACUGCGUCGAACUCUUCGAGCUCUUCAACUCGAACGUGAUGAUGGCGUUUUUGACCAACAACAGUCAACUGAGUGAGGAAACGGUCAAAACCGAGGUGACCUCGUGGGUGAUAAAUGACCUGAAUAGUACACUCAACUACACCGUGGACUUGAAGUACAUCAGCGUGACGAGACAAGGGAGAGUGCGAGUGCGCCGUUCGAUGGGCGAGCUGUGGAACUUCACGGUGAGCAUGGUGCUGGAGAUGCGGAGGGCGGGCAAUGUCGACGACAUCGCAGCCAUUGUCAACAUCUCCAGCGAAAUCCGCAGCCAGCUCAGCUCCACCAUCGUCAACCUCAAGCCCCGGCUGGAGCAGUCGCUCGGAGUCGGCACGAUCCAGCUGGACGUUCCUUCCGUGGGGAACGCGAUGUACUGCCUCGGCGAGACUCUGGUCAACAUCAAGGGGGAGUUCUGCUGGCCCACGGUGACCGUCGGUGACACCGCCGUCAUCGCGUGCCCCAUCAACAAGGACAAGAACGUCUCGCGACAGUGCACGAAAGGGAACAAUUACUCCUCCUCGUGGCAGCCGAUCGACGCCGAUGUCUGUGACGUUCCACUGCUGGAGAACAUGGACAGCAAGUCGGCGGAGGAGGUGAGCAAGGAGAUGGACGGCCUGCUGGCACUGCUGGAGCAGAGCCCCACCAUCUCCGUGAAGGGCGCCCAGAUGGUGGCCACUCGCUUCAGCAGCAUCCUGGAAGCGCCGUCCAGCUCGCUGGCCAACUCGUCCGAGAAGGCACUGCACAUGGUGGACACCCUGCUGCAGAAGAUCGACUUCCCCAGCUCCAGCAUCUCGCUCCCGACGAAGAACCUGUUGCUCUUCGUGUCCAAGAUGAACGAGAGCGACAGCUCGCAGCCGCAGGAGUUCAAGGAUGGGGAGACAUCGGUGUCGCUGCCGGCCUCCCUGCUGGACUCGCUCGACCCGGCUCAGAAGGCGAUGGCGACACGGGCCCAGUUCACCGUCUACAACAACACCAAACUCUUCCCGCAGGCCAAUCUGUCGAGCUACGUGGUGGCGGCGAGCGUGGGAAAACUGGCGAACAUCACGAACCUCAAGGACCCGGUCAACAUCUCGCUGUGGCACACCAACCAAAGCGCCCUGGAUCCCGUGGAGGGGAUGAUAAAGAACGUCAAGUGCGUGUACUGGGACUUCGUCAAGAAAGACUGGAACAGCAAAGGGUGCAUCGCCGUGCCCGGCGGCUCCGACCACAACGUGACCCUGUGCCAGUGCAACCACCUGACGCACUUCGCUCUGCUGCUGGAUUUCUCUCCGGGCCCAAAGUACUCGGAAGUGAUCGAGCAGUCCCUCAGCUUCAUCACCUACAUCGGCUCCGGCCUCUCGGUCAUCUUCCUCGGCAUCACCCUUGUCACCUACAUCACAUUCGAGAAAAUCCGCACGGAUCACCCGUCCAAGAUCCUGAUGAACCUGUGCGCGGCGCUGCUGCUGCUGAACCUGCUGUUCAUGCUGGACGCGUGGAUCGCGUGGUUCAACAUCUACGGUCUGUGCCUCGCCACCGGCGCCCUGCUGCACUACUCGCUGCUCGCCUCCUUCACCUGGAUGGGCCUCGAGGCGGCCCACCUCUACCUGGCCGUCGUCAAGGUCUUCAACACCUACGUGCGCAACUACAUCCUCAAGUUCUGCAUCGUCGGCUGGGGUGUCCCAGCCAUUGUCGUUGCGGUUCUGCUGGCUAUAAACAGAGACUUUUACGGGAAAGGACAAAAAAAUUCCACCAACUAUCGAGAGAGAGACGACUUCUGCUGGAUCCGGCUGGACGUGGUGUUCUACGUGGCGGUGGCCGGCUACUUCUGCCUCGUCUUCUGCCUCAACUUGAGCAUGUUCGUAGUGGUGCUGCGCCAGAUCUGCCAGCAGAAGCGCAAGCACGGCAAGGAGAAGCACUCGAGCGUGGCCCGCGAGCUCCGCGGCAGCGUGAGCCUCACCUUCCUGCUCGGCAUCACCUGGGCCUUCGCCUUCCUCGGCUUCGGCCCCCAGAAGCUCGCCUUCAUCUACCUCUUCAUCAUCUUCAACACGCUGCAAGGGUUCAUGAUCUUCCUCUUCCACUGUGCGCUCCGGGAGAACGUCCGCUACCAGUGGAAGAAGUUCUUCUGCUGCGGGAAAUACUCUGAUGGAAAAAUGGGCUACUCCUCGGGGAACAGGUCCACACAGCUGCUGACGCGAAAGCAGAAGCAGCGGCUGUCGCACUGCAGCGGCACGUCUCAUUCCACCGAGCAGACCGACGUCACGAGCCUCAACAACUCGGGCAAGCCAAUAGGCUAAAGCCCGCGGCUGAUGGAAUUUCCGUCGACUCCACAAGGACCAGAUUAUUCCACAAACAGAACACGGCAGCCCCCUACCGAGGAUCGCCACAACGCGAGGGACGGACUCAGGAUCGCCGCCGAGCCACAUCCACCGCCACCGCCAGCACCAUUCACUUCGUUUGGCACAUUCAGGAACGACUGCCGCGCACGUUUCUGACACGCGUCCUCGUCACGUGGCGAGGAGCGGCUAAGGACUCUCGCCUCCCCCCCCCCCGUCGGUUUAGUCCUCCCUGGCUGUCCCCGUUUCAAAUAGUGUAACGGGGAUGGACGCCUCGCUCGGUAAAGCACCGCCCCCGCGAUUGACGAGGUCGUGAGUUUAACUCCUGGCAAGAGUUAAUUGAGCCUCGUCAUCAUCAUCGUCGUCGUCAUCAUCAUCACUGUCAUCAUCAUCACUGUCAUUAUCGUCAUCAUCACUGUCAUCAUCGUCGUCAUCAACACUGUCAUCAUCGUCAUCAUUAUCAUCACUG